UUGCGGUAACCCCAAUAGCACACCAGCAUUUCUUCACGCACAUACACACACACACACAUACACACUCUUCUCGACUCUUCUCGACUCGACUCGACUCGAUCGUUCGAUCGUUCGAUCCGUUUUUUACAUCCUCCGUAAACCAGCACCAACCAACCUACCAGCCCCUGUUUAUAUACAGCCCUGGUCCUUUUCUAGUUGUACUUGCACGCAACACACACGCACACACACACAAAACCUGUCCACUUUAGUACAUACAUGCCUAGUACAUCAAAUGCCCUGUGAAUGCCCUUUUAGAGCACUGGUGCUGUGGUGCUCUCGUGCUCCACAGUGUGCGCGCGCUCUGCACUUUUUAACACAAAGCCAAGCACACGCACACGCAGAGAAACUUAUCACUACUUGUUACAACCACUUAUUACUACUAGUACUACCAAUUACUAACUACUAACUCUAUCACUGCUACUACAACGGCAAGAAAGAAAGAAAGAAAGAAGAGAGACAAAAAAACCUCGUAUAUAUUACAACUUUUGAUUGAUCGAUCGAUCGAUCGAUCGCCCACCACCUUCAUUCAUUCCAUGUACCUUUUUGUUGAAAGUGUGGUUUCAUGGUUUGUGUGCGCAGGUGUGUUUUUGUGUGUGUGUUGAUCCCUCCAGUUUAGGGAUCGGCCACGGACUGCUGGCAGCAGAAAUCCGCACAAUGCAUCUCUCCUUGUCACGUCUUUAUUUUCAUACACACAGCCACCCACAGUUAGAUUGUUAGUCGAAUUAAGCCGAAUUAAUUAAGAAUUAGUCGUGUCCCUGUGUGUGUUCAAUGGUUCAACCGAGUCUAAUGCUCAAGGCACAGCACGCACCCACUGGUUCGAACCACGUCCCCAACCACGGGGGAUCGAGAAAUGCUUCCAAGGACGUAUCUUAGUCGAGGGCGAACGAAAUGAAUUGCAACUGAACAAAAACCAAUGCACCAUCUCCCAUCCCGAUUUUGCCAAAAUCAUCCACUCACCAACCGAAGCGAGGCCAGCUUUUCUAUGUUUAGCUUUCGGCCCGUGGCUCGUUUUUUUGUUUUCGGUAUCAGAAGAAGGAUAUGCUAAGAGUAGACGACGAACGCCCUAGUAGCGAACAUGCAUUAGAACUCGAAUUAGGUUACUCUGCUCCGUUCAUUUCACCCUUCCUCAUCCACCCGCGUGUGUGGCAUGUGUGGCAAUGUGGAGCCCCCAAACCCUCACCCCCAGCUAGUAGGUGUGCGUGUGCGUGUGUGUGUGUGGGUUCGGUUUAGGAUAAGUUGAUUCUAUUAGCGAAAUGGAAGCUCUAAACUAAGCGUCAAUAGCGAAAGGUAUUACAACCAACAAAAAAAAACGAUUCACCACCACAUAACGCUGCGUUGCACCCUUUUCACACCUGUUCACGUAUAUACACACACACACACACACACAUAGACCCCCAUCCUCUCUAUCUCUCUCUUUCGUGCAUAACCUAUAAGAGGACAUGAAAAAAAACACUCACACACACACACACCCACAGAGAACACAGGCAAGUAAGCAAGCCACAGAAAGUAGUUCAAAUGAAAACGCGAAAAAGAGCAACUCUAUCAUAACGUGGUUAUAAGAGCAAAACAAACAAACAAACAAACAAAAAAAAGCGAGUCAAAACUAAAAAACGUGAUUACAAAAGUUGUUGUUUCCGAAAUUUUAUAGUUAUUCUAUCUCCUAUAGGGGUUUGUUAGAGCGAAGCACGCGAUACAGAGAGAGAGAGAGAGCAAAAAUGAAAAGAAGCAAACAAGAAGAAACAGGGGACGAACAGCAAGCAACAGAUGGGAAAGUAGAAGUAAAAACCAAAACAAAAACAGUAAGAACAUACCAGCCCAUAAGAGAAAACAAAAGAAGCAAAACAAGCGAGAGAGAGAAAGAAAAACGAAAAGAGAAGAAAAAGUGAGGAGAAGAAAAAAAUGGACGAGGAGGAAAAGAAAACUCUAAUUAAACUAAUUAAAUACAUACGUAGACAUUGACUAUUCGGCACCCGAUACCAAUUCACUUAACCCCGUUAAAGAGAAAAAGAAAAACACAACACACACACGAGCGCGCGCGAUAGUUUCGAAGGUUUUUGGCAGCGAAAACAAAAACCACUAACACAGUGACACAUAACACACUCACAAACACAUAACAUAAAAAACACACACACAGAAAAGAAAGUAAACCUUCCACACGAACGACACCAGAGUGUACUAGUGUACUUGUACUAUCACUACUACUACCACUACUACUACCACUACUAUUACUACUACUACUACUACUACUACCACUACUACUAUUACUUGCUUCGGUUGUUUCGGCCUUCAAGAGUUGGGGGGUGUUUUGCGAAAAGUGAAUUCGCAUGCCCGCGCGCCAUUAUACUUCAUUACUUGCUCUUGAAAAAUUGCGUAGAUGAUAAAACCAACAAGCAAACAACCCAAACAUACACACACACACAGAACACAACACAACUCACACACACACACACAAUACACAACAAAAAAGUACACGCUGAAACAACCACAACAAAAACCCCAGUGAAAACGAAGAAACCGCGCAAGCAAAACAAACAAACAAAAAGUACACAUUUAUACACACAUUAGUAAGAGAAACUCGUUGUAACCAAACGUAAUUGCAAACGUAACACAAACAAAGCAAAGCAACAAAAAAACGGAAAAGAAAAUGCAAACCGUUAACUGCAGAAACAAAAAAAAACAAAACCAAACCAAACUGUCAGAUUGAUUGGAAAAAAAGGAAAAUAGAUUGUUUUUUUUUCAUACUAAAGCUAAUUUCGUUGUUUUGUUGUUAUUUUUUUCUUCACUUUUGUUCUCAUCAUCUGAAACGGAAUCAAACCACGUCCUCCCUCCCAAACCAAAGCAAUUGCACAGUAGGAGCUGAUUGUGGAUCAUUUUACAUUUCCCACUUUCCCAAUGUUGACGCGCUAGUUGUCUAGCUAGUACAUAGUAGUAGUAGUAAUAGUAGGCUGAUAUAUCACCAUAGAACGGGAAGUGCACGGCCAUUUUGCACGCUCUCUUUAUCCCUUCUCUUUCCGCUCUUUCUCUCGCUCCAAAUCGUCGGAGCAGUCAAUCGUCGCCCUUGGUAACCAGCGUAACCUUCGCUCAGUUUACACCCGACUACUGCUGGAGCCUGGUUAAACGUUCCAGGGCACUGCCACUGUGGCAAAACAGCAGCAUAACACAAACACUCACUGCACAGUUUCCCGGUUUUCCCGUUUGUUUGUCACCCAUCUUACACACUCCAUCAUUGGUAAAAGUAAGCCAACCAUUAGGAAUAACCACGGCACAGAGAUCGACAGAGAGAGAGAGAGAGGAUGUAAAAGUUACGCUAGGGGUAAGAAACUAGUAAGCCAAGGCUACUGCGAUGUGAUGACAGCGUCUGUCAGGUGGCAUGUGUAAAAAAAACCAAAAAAAAAAAACAAACAAACUAUCGUUCCAGAACUUCCACAACUACACGAGAGCGGCGUUCCGGCCGGAGAUACGAAAACAACGGGGAACGUGUGUCGCAAAAUGCUAAAUAGUAAGAAACAAAACCAAAGCACAUACGAAAAUGGAUGGGGGGGGGGGGGGGGAAACUAGAUAAGCAUAACUAGGCAAGAUAGAACCAACAAAAAAAAAACAAAACAUUGAAUAGAAUGCAUCGAUACAAGCGGAAAAGGAGCAGUUAAAUUAAAGCUCCAAAUCCAGCAUACGCCACCACACACGAUACGUUGUUGCACUUAUUCAAUGCCGCCGGGUUGAGCAUAGAACGAGCAAACGAAUUCACUUUGCUCGCGCGGGGACGAGUAUUUAAAAUUCUAAAUUUAUAUAAUAGAAGCAAAACAAAAAAGGAAGCAACAAAGUAUGCAACAUUGAUGGAAGAAAGAAAAGAAGAUAGAGAUAGAAAGAGAGAUAGAAAGAGAGAAAGAGAGGAAAAAGUACACUAAAUUAAGCAAACACUACCAGUUACUAAUUCUCAGUAGAAACAAACCAAAACUGUUGAUCGUGUUUUUAUCUUAUAAAAGUAAACAUUCGCUAACUGGCAAUACUUGCAAGUAUCCGCUUGACGGUUCACAACCAAUCCGCUUAUUGUUGAGCACCCUAUUUUUUGUUUUGUUUCCACAUUCAUUUCUUUUAUCCCCAUUUGCGCUGAUGGUUCUUUUUACUAUCGGUUCUAUUUGCAACACGACAUUUUAUAUCAAUUUUAGAACAUUUACUAAGGACACUUUCCCGUUUUAUGUUCCAGUGCAUUGCUUCUAUGUAGAUGAAAAUGACUUAUAUAAAUGUUACACAAACACACACUCAACACUUAGAAGAAUGACCAUACAUAGUAGGGUAAUGCUCCAUUUAAUGAACAGAAAAAAAGUGAAUUAAAAAAAACGAACAAAAACUAUUUAAGAAGAAAAAAGAAGAGAUAAAUAGAAUAAUGUAUUCAACAACAAAAAGACAAAAACAAAGCAAAAGAGAAUUAUGAAAUUACACCUAGUGCUGCUAGAUAUAUCUGUAGAAGAAUGUGUCUUUUCCAACGGCGGAACAGGAAGAGCGGGAUUCAGUAGUAGUAAGUAGUAAGUUUAGUAAGUUGUCCUGCCGCUGCCCUUCUCCGGAACUCCGGGUACCGGAACCCCGGUGGAACGAACUGCUCAAUUAUGUAAGCGAAUCUGUACACCGGGCGAUGCAUGCAAGGGGAAUGCAAACCCGCCCUCUAUCACGCGAACCGCGUACGACAAGUGGGUGUACAAAUGUAGUGAAAAUUUAAUACAAACACACUCACACAUGCACACUAUAAAACUGUUACGUAUGGUUUUGUGGGGAUAGAAAGCGCGACUAAACAAAAACAUAUUUAACACAAUAUUUAGUAUGUUCCCAAUUUUACGGUAACCACACACACACACACACUACACUAUAGUUGUAAGCGGAAAAAACGGUACACACACACACACCCCUCUUAACACAUUAGUAUGAGCACACACACACACACACACAACACUUUUCACGUUUAGAGCAUUUUAAAAUACCUUAUACUGGCUAGCGAAGCAAAAAAGAAGAAGCAAAAAAACAACAGGAAAUUAAAAACUGUAAUAAUCAAAGUAAUAAACGGGAAAACUUUCGCACUAUCGGUAUCGGUAAACGCGUGAACAAGCUCGUCCUUAUGAUGGCACCACGAUGGCAGGACGAAAGAACGAUGGCCAUUAUAUUAGGCAAGAUAUAAUAGGUAAAUCGAAAUGAGUAAACUAAAGUAAACACACACACAAAACGCAAAAAAGUUAAUAUAAAAAAACAUUCAACAGCAACAACAACAAAAGAACACACUAAAAAAUAACUAAUCACCAGCAAAAGCAAACAACGUGAGCGCACUUAUGAAAUUCGAAUUGUACAUGUGUAGUAGUGCAAACAAUGGUUCGAUCCAUUCGCCGAGAUAGCGUACACCGAGCUCCCUUCCUUACUAGUGAGUGGGACUCCUCCAAUAGUAGAAGCGUUAAUUGAUCGCUGCUCGCUACUAAUUCUACAACUGCUACCACUACUACUACUACUACUACUACUAACACCGCGUUUGAGUCAGGCGGUCCCAACACAGUUGAACGAUAUUGGUCAAAUAGAUCAUUUUGCGCAAAACCACACACAUAAAAUGGGAUUGCAUCCUACAAGAUGGCAACGUUCUUUGCUUAGAAUAGUGUUUCGUUCUUCCCAAAAGUCACAAAUACAAAACUCUACCAAGUAACUCUACUCUGCACCAACGUUGGCGGGUAAAGAUGAAAAAUCAAUCGCUUAGAAAGGCACCACAGAUGCAGAUUUAACGCACUUGAUUUUGUUUUUCAUUUCAUUCCACUUCCUUCACUCUCUUGCAACAUUCAUCCCGUUAAGCAAAAUGCCCAACGCUACAGUUUCCUUUCCACUCUCACUACCACUAACUCAAACCCCACCUCCCACAAACUAACUCCCUCGUUAGCCCCAGUAGAACACAAAAAUAGCUACCAAAUCAAAACAAGAAAGACAAAACCAGGCCCACAACAAUGUGAUUGAUCUCGGUGUGUGUGUGUGCGUAUAAAAAACUGUACCAACACACACUCUUACACACACACACACACACACAAGGCAGUGAUUCUCGAAGUCGAACUCAAAAAAAAGAGAUAAAAAAACGAAAAAAAAAGUUAAAUGUUACUUAGGGGACAAAAACGAGUAGCAUAAAAACCAAAAAUGAACAACUACACGAAAGAAAGAAGAAAAAAAAAACAAAACAAAAAGCAACAAAGCAAAUUGUAGUGAAAACUGAUCAAAGCAAACAGCAAAAUGUGUAAGUAUGUGUUAAAUACUCGCUGUAUUCUAAUGUAUUAGUGAAACAAAGAGAAGAAAAAAAACAAAAGAAAACAAAAGAAAACAAAAAAGCAGUAAAUAAACAACACAAACACUGGAAGCAGCAUUGCUCCUGUGAAGCAACAAAAAAAAACGUAUAUAAGUAGAGAUGCAAACAACAUCAGAAAGUUAAGUAGCACUGAAUUUUUUUUUUUCCUCUCUGAAUUAAAAGGCUUGCCGUGUACCUUCCAGGGUGUGUAGCGAGCGUUAUUGAACAACAAUUCAGAGGAGAAAUAAUUAUAUACAUAUAAAACAGCAAAGUAUGAACACAGCAAAACCUAAUGUACGAGGAAAUAUUAUAUAUAUACAAUUAUAUAUAUAUGAAACUGGAAACAUAAAAUGAGGAGAUUAAAAAAACACAAGAAAAAUUCUAAAUAAAUAUAAAUUUUUUAUAUAGAAAUGUAAUAUCUUAAACAAACAAACAAACAAAAAAAGCACACAGGUGAAUGGGGAAUGGAGGUAGCUGAUGACCGCAGGCAGCAUUGAUUCAGUUUGCGCACAGAGCUGUGAAAAUAUGUGGAACAGAACAGAAGAUAACGGAGCAAAACUAGAAAACUAAUAGACAAACAAAAAAUAACUGGCGAAACUGGAGUGGCGAAACAAACUAACAUAAAUCGGUACACGGUAAACAGAUACAUACACUACACAGGCAUACAUCCAUACAACACAGAAAAGGUCACAAGAGCGUUGAACACAAGAGUUUGUAAAUAGACAUAAACCUGUUUUAGGUUGUUUGUUUUUUUUUCGCAAAUCGAUCCGUAAACAGGGCACACAAACCAAUCCACACAAACACACAUCCUGUUCUAUCGCCUGUGAGAGUCCGAUAACGAACAACACGCACUGUGUUACACAAAAUUCGAAAAAUCAAACCCCCUAAUUCUGGCUAUCACGCGUCACAACCGUACACAAUGUAAGGUGGAAGUGUCCGUGCUGGUGGCCGCACUCAAGCUCAAUUUUCGCGACACACACACACACAGCGGGGACUAAGCGGGGAUCAUAAGGGUAAAGGGUGAUGAAACCCCUUCUUGCUGGGUUUUGAUUUCUGUUAUCAAAGUUACGCUCACUGACCGAGUAUUAUAGACCCGAGUUCUACUCGCGAAGAUUAUAAUCAAGCAUUAGUAGGUGAGGAAAAAAACACAGCGAUAGAGACGAUAGAAACAGUAAAAAAUCAAAUUGCAUACAUAUUCCAGUUUUUAUUACCAAACUCUUGCUAAACAGAAACACAACCCCCAACCACCCCCCCCCCCCCCCUCUUCCCCGACAAACGUAAGUAGUGAAACAAAAAACACAAACAAAACUAUAAAUAUAUACAUAGAAAUACUAACGCAACACAACACAGUACGAAGCAAAACAGAGCACGAGAAAAGGAAGGAAAGAAUGAAAGAAAGAACGAAAAAAAACAACAACAACAUAAGCCUUAAGCUGGUAUUUUCCGUCGGUCCACCACCGUUACACAAAUGGUUAUAGCAAAACUUUUAUCCAAAAACAAACAAAAAAAAAACAACAAAAACCGGGCCAUAGCCAUCAGAAUGCCACUAGUUAAAAUAUAUUUAUAAAAUAAAAUUAACUACUUACGCGAUCGUACAGACGAACACACACAGACACACACAGGCACACAAACAACAGAUCAGCAGAACACCGCAGUAGAUGGAGAAAAAGGCUAGCGAAGCGUGCGCCACCGUUUCCUUGCACAAACAAUGCAAGUGGCUAGAGAAGAGAGAAGAAAGAGAAAGAAAACACGGUAAUAUAAGUCAAGUAUAAUCUCAAGAGCGUCUGUGAAUUGUGAAAUGCAAACUAUACUAUAGCUGCAAGAGGCAACAAGAAGCAUGUGGUACUCCCCCCCCCCAGAAAGCAAUGUCCAAAACCGAGCAAAAGAAAGUCAGAUUCGAACAUAGAGCGAACUAUAGCUGCAUGAUGAUGAUAGGCAGGCAAAAAAGAAAGGAAAAACUGGAUUAAAAGGGACAGGAACAUCGAUUCGAAUCAAGCGUUCGCAACUACUAGAGCAAAGAGAAAGGAACACAACCGAGAAUAAACGAUGCGUGUAAUGCAUAAACUUAAGCUUCAGCGGUAACAAAACGAAAACGAAAGCAAAAAAAAAACAACAACAAAACUAUAGCAAAAAUAAAUAAAUAAGAAACAAAAAGAAACACAAAACAUAUUUAUAUUGUUCCAGUGCAUUGGGUUUUGUUUUGAUAGUGAUAACACAAACAGAAGCAAAACAGAAGAAGCAACAUAGCAUGAGAUUAAUUUUCCACUAAAACCACUUUGUGUACUGUGUUAGGACAUUUUAAUAUGAACGAAAAUUGUAGAACUGUGACAAGGAGGGGGAGUAAGAUGAAAAAAAGAAGAAGAAAGAAGAAGAAAAAACAACCACAGAAAACACAACAUAAAACAAGUAAAAGUAACGAAAAAAAAAAAGAUUAGCAAAAACCCAUACAAAGCAAAUGGAUAUUAUAAGCACAAAAACAACAUAACAAAGACACACAAAAACACACACACACACACAAAGCAAAACAGUUACUGUUAAGGAAGGCGACGGAAGGGAAGAUUAGAUGGAAUACAUAGAAGAGAAGAAGCAGCAGUGAAGCAGAACAGUACACAGAGAGCGGUAAAAUGCGUAAUACAACAAGGUGACAUAUGUAUCGUUUCGUCAUAACUUUAAACGAGGAAAAACAAAAAGACAGAAAAUAAACAAAUUUAAAUAAAA